UGCUUCUUAAGAAAGGAAAAAGAAAAGCUUCUCAAUCCUUCCUCGUUCAGACCCGAAGAAAGGAAGGCUCAGGACAAGAUUAAACAAGAGAGCAGAAGAUUUUGAAAGAAGAGCAAAACUAGCAUCCACUGGGAACGAUGGUGUAUGCAUACACUCCCACCUAUUACUCUUCGUUCCAGGACACUAUUGCAUCCAUUUGCAAGACCAUCCUCCCCUUCUCUCUUAAGAGUUCCUCCACCAAACGCCUCGCUUCCCAGAGCUAUGAGCAAUCCAUUGCCAAGCAGCAAACGGAGAACCUGAAGUGGCAGCAGGACAUGUACCACAAGAUGCUGAACAUGAUGGGCCUCCACAAGGAGGGGAUGUUGCCCGAAUCCCAGUUAUCGAGUUUCCGGUCGAACCUCCUUGACACCCUCAUAGCUUCGCCAGCAAACCAGGAGGCGCCGCAGCUCAUCAGAGACAAAUUGGUGUUUCUACAGGAAUUGUUCUACGCAAAAUGCAUAUCUGAGGAGGAGUACCACGCCUCCAAGAGGCCUCUGCUGCUGCGCCUGGCUGUUCAAGGAGAGGAGAUCAAUUGCAGAGACGUGAUCGUUUCAUCAGCUCAGCAAUUGAACUUCGAUGACGAGUCAGAGUGGUCAGUAGUGGAGCUGAGGGAUGAAUGCUCCAUCGACAGAGACAAUUCAAAGAGCAAGCCAAAACACAGGUCCCCCAUGAAACAGUUGAAAGGGGCGAUGUCAAAGAUAACCAGCUUUUCCUCCGGCCAGAAAUCUGGGAAGAACAGAGGGAAAGCAGGGCCAAAUCUGCCUAAUGGAUCCUUCAAGGACAAUCGAUCAUCUGAUGCACAAAGUCCAAUUCUCAUGCCCGAAUGCUCCCCACCAAGUCCUUCCCUCGCCAACGAAACCGCUUCGUCCAAACAAGGAAAGAAAUCGUGGGGACUAAAGAUGUGGAGGAAGAGAGGUUUGGAGGAUGAUUCUACAACUCCCUAUCUUCCACCAGGGGAGAGAUCAGAUGACAUUGUGUCGACUGGUACCGGCCCUUGCGCACUUGCCUCUAAGCCAAUUGGUGAGGGACCAGACACGAAAUUGAUUAAGAAGAAAAUACAUUCAGACGGUUCUGCCUCUGAUUUCUUCAUUGACAAGGUCUUGGGAGAGAACAUAAAAAAGGAACUGUCACGCAUUCAAUCAGAGUUGUGCACCAAAAAUCCCAACCAUAACUUCAGCAAUGAGCAGAUUGAAGCAAUCUCAACAAGGUUACCUGUAGAUAAGAGCGACUUGAAGAAAUUCUUCCCCAAAUCCUGGUGUGACAGUUACGGCGACGUUGUGCUGGACGUGGUAAAGAAGGAAUUCAAAGAUCAUGUGAGUGAGAUGGAGAGCCUGCGGAAAGAAGCAACAAAAGAGAACCAGGUUGACUGCAAAAAAUGGAACGCGUUCCGAGAGAAUGACGAGAAUUGUUCCCCAAAUGUUAUGGCCUGUUCCUAUGACAACCCUUUCUGCGUGAAGGAAUCUUAUGAAAACCCUUUCUGCAAGAAGGAAUCUUCUCCCGCGGUCGCAGCUACCAACGCAUGCGAAGCCAAGGAAUGGUACACCAACAACCCUUUUUUUGACGAGGAGCAUGUUCAUAACAAGUUCGGCGAGCAGUCGGCUCUCGGUCAUUGGAACAAGCAAAAUUCAACGUCGACUUCCCUGUUCGUGUAGGUGGAAUAGUGAACAGUUGAAGUCCAAGAUACUGAGCUUGAUGAAAAAUUAAAAUGCCCUUGUUUUGCAGCUUCAUGGUGUGGGUUCCAUUUUACUACGUUCGACCUCUUGUUUUGUACAAUCUAUCUGUAUGUAAUUAGAGUACUUUGUUUUCUUUAUGUGUGUGACGCACACACGGAAAGCAUGUCCCGAUGGUUGUUCUGUUUCAAAAAUAUACAUUUGGCUUAGCAUAAAUAUUAAAGAUUGUUGUGUUCCUGGAUUUA